AUGGACGACUCUGAUUCUGCCACCGACGACGAUGAUUACAACAACUACGACGAGGAUGAUCCCGAUGGUUACGAAGAUGGUUACGAAGAUGACAGCGACAAUAACAGCGAUUACAACAGUAAUUAUGACAGCGACAACGACAGCAAUUAUGAAACUGGCGACAACAACAGCAACGAUGACAACAGCAGCAAUUAUGAAACAGAUGACAACGGCAAUGAUGAUGAUAUUGACAGCAAUUAUGAAACAGAUGACAACGACAACGAGAAUGAUAUUGACAGCAAUUAUGAAACUGAUGCUGAUGCUGAUGCUGUCACUUAUAAUGAUAUUGAUAUCGACGACGACAAAAUAUAUGAACUAUAUAAAUCAUUAUAUUAUAUGUAUAUCUUUGUAGUCCAGUAUCUGAACAAAAAUAUAAAUUGUUUUAUAGAAAAUAAACUUGAAUUUAAAAUACAAAUGGCUGUAAUAAAUAAUGAGCUUCAACGCAUUAGUAACAUAUUAAAUAGUUUUCUAUAG